CAGACCAUGAACCACCUGGCAAGAAAUCGUUUUUCCCACGCCUUAUUCUGUCAAUGGAGAGCUCCUCUUUUUCUCUGACAUGUGGGUAACGAAUAUGAAUACCCUCGGGAUGUGGUGGCGGGUUGGGCUUGCUCAAGCGCCAAAAUCCAGACUGCACGGCCUGGUUCCGGUUGCAAGUUUUGACAGGCUUCCAGACGAACAUGGAUGGUGAUGGUUUUGCUUUUCUCAGUCAUGCUUGACUGCACGGCAUGCUCGAGCUGUGUCGGGGCAGAACUUUACCCCCCUCCAGCUUCCGCGCAUUUUUCUCUUUUUUAUGUGUUCUUUGUUACGUUCGUUCGAAAUGGAAGAGAUACCUAUCUUCUCUCGAGUGGAUUGAUUCUGGAUUCCAGACGAACUCGUUGCAUGGGAAUGGCGGUACUUUCUGAACGAGCAACGCGGCUGUCGUACAACCGAGCCGAGUACGAACAUGCCUCUCUUGAACCUUGGCGUGGAGCAUUUCGGGUCUUCAUUGUGUGUGCGACUUUUUCUGGAAGAGCCUAUAUUGUUGGUUCAUGGGCACCUCAUGAUACUCCUGUCCAUUUGUGCUCAAGUCCUGAUGGAUGGGCUGGGAGAUAUUCCAGAUUCUAAUCUGUGAUACCCCAUGCUUCUCUUGGGUAUCCCCUUGCAGGCAUUCGGUGCUUCUCAAUGGACCUGGCGCAGGGGGGCAUAGCCCGACACUCCCUCCAUUCUCUCCUCCGGCAACGGCACUUAUGACCUGGCUCAUGCUGCGUAUCCCAACCCUGAUUCAUCACCCGGCUCGAUGAAGCGGUAUGGGAACGCAGUCCAACCCCUCCACAGGUC